AUGGGAGACCGUACUCAAUUCGUGCCUUCGCAUGUCGGAAAUAACGUUCUUCCAAACCUGCCUUUCUUUCAUAAACUGUUGCGAUACGCUCAGCGGAAGCCAUCCCGCAUUGCUGUCCGGGAUGUGAUUGCCGGCGUCGAAAAGACGUUCCAUGAUCUCCUGUCGGAUGCUCUGGCUCUUAGAAGCGAGAUUGAGAAGAGGCUCAGUCAAGAGACCCUUCAUGAGCUGGCCGGAGAUAAGGAGGUCUAUGUUGGUCUGCUGGCUCCCGGUGGUUAUGAAUACACUGUCGGCUUCGUCGCUAUCAUUGCGCUCGGUGCCGCAGUCGUCCCGAUGGCUGCCGGGAUCCCUGUCGAGGAAGCGGCAUAUUUGGUGCUCAAGGCUCGAUGUGUCGCAUUGAUCGCCAGCACAGCAUGCGGAACUCUCGCACACUCUGUUGCGGGCUUCAUGAGAGAACAGAAGAAGUUCCAAAUCCAGUGCAUUUCUCCUAUCGCGUCUUCCUUCCGUCCGACACUUCUUCCAGCGGAUGAUAUAGUCAUCUCAUCGAACAAAGCUCUUGACAUGAACGGCGCAAGCGGCGUGAUCUUUACCUCGGGCACAACGGGCCCACCGAAAGGCGCUGUGCAGCGCCGCACCUGGCUCACCGGCAACGCUGAAACAGACGCGGACUUUUACCGCAUCUCAGAAAGCGACGUCGUCCUUCACGUCUUGCCAGUCCAUCAUGCCUCGGGGGUCGGACUCACUUUCUUGCCCUUCCUCACAGCAGGAGCUUGUAUUGAAUUCCGCAGCGGGAGUUUCAAUACGGCUUGGACAUGGGAGCGUUGGCGGAGGGGUGGCCUCACCUUCUUUUCGGGUGUACCCACAAUCUAUAUGCGAAUGAUGCGAUAUUAUGAAGAGAACAUAGCAAAUCAGUCCCAGGAACUUCGCGACCAGUAUAUUGCCGGGGCUCGGAAUAUUCGCACCAUGUUGUGUGGAUCGUCGGCCCUGCCUGGCCCUGUGCAGGACUUUUGGGAGAAUCUGCGACAAAAGCCAAUUCUGACUCGGUAUGGGGCGUCUGAGUUUGGUGCUGUGAUCAAAACAGACCUCGAUUCGACAGGAACACCUCGGAACAGUGUAGGCCGUGUGGUUGAGGCGGUGUCUCUGAAGCUGGAGGAUGAUGGCCAUCUCCUUGUGAAGACGCCCUACAUGUUCUCUAAAUAUCUUCACGAUGAAAAGGCGACGGCUGAAGCACACGACAAAGAUGGCUACUUCAAAUCGGGUGACAUCGCUCGCCGAGAGGGACCAUACUACUUCAUACUCGGCCGUGCUUCCAUAGAUAUAAUCAAAUCUGGAGGCUACAAGAUCUCCGCGCUAGAUAUCGAGCGAGAGAUUUUGGGUCUGGACUAUGUGUCCGAAGCGAUGGUCGUCGGCGUUGAGGAUGAAGAAUUCGGUCAGCGAGUUGCAGCCACCGUGAGCCUUAAGACGGACCAGAGCAUGACUCGCAAGAGUCUCACUCUGGCAGAUUUGAGGAAUGAUUUGCGAGAAAAACUGAGCGGCUACAAAAUUCCUACUAUUCUGCGGGUUAUCAAAGGUGAGUUGCCAAAGUCAGGGACUGGGAAAGUGCAGAAGAAGAUCCUUGGACCAAGAUACUUCCCGCCUAACUAUCGUGAACUUCCUGAUGUCCAGGUGUGGAGCAAAGAGAACAAAUCCAAGUUAUAG